GCGUACACGCGGAAGAGCGGGCCGAUGAAAUUACUUUGUGUCCGAUAGAAAUGAGGUCGUGUGGGAAAGCUGUGCUGUUGUUUCGAGUCAAGCCUGGAUACGUUGUGAAGAGAGGCCGUCCCUGAGCUCUUGCUAGCAAUUGGCUGUUGGUGAACUUUGUGACUUCUCUGCAUUUUCCUGUCAUGCGUGCUGAUUAGAGAAAGGAGAGCGAAGGCAUGUUUGGCGUACACACCGUAAUCACGAGAAUCCUAGCAAGACCCGCAUCUUGGACAAUCAUCCACAGAGCUGAAGGUUAACGAGGAUUGAAACUCACGUUGUCGAGCCGUCGUAACGCCAGUUGGUGUAUAAAGCAAAGAGAACAGCACGGGAAGCACCGACUGUACCCGGACUACAACCGGAGAAUAUGACGGAAAAGCGUGUUUCACGCUGGUAUUUCGGGGGGCUGGCCUCGUGCGGAGCGGCUUGCUGCACACACCCGCUGGACCUGGUAAAGGUGCACCUGCAGACACAGCAGGAGGUGAAGAUGAAGAUGACUGGCAUGGCGAUGCACGUGGUGAAGAACGACGGCGUUCUCGCCCUCUACAAUGGACUUAGUGCUUCUCUCCUCAGACAGAUGUCCUACUCUUUGACCAGGUUUGCCAUCUAUGAGACUGUUAGAGACAUGGUGGGAAGUCAAGGGCCCAUGCCCUUUUACCAGAAAGUACUGCUGGGAGCCUUCGGAGGUUUUACUGGUGGUUUCAUUGGGACACCAGCAGACAUGGUUAAUGUCAGGAUGCAGAAUGAUGUGAAGCUUCCCCCAGAACUCAGGAGAAACUAUAAGAAUGCAGUGGAUGGUCUUUUCAGGGUGUGGAGAGAGGAGGGGACAAGGAAGCUGUUCUCAGGAGCCACCAUGGCGUCCAGUAGAGGAGCCCUGGUCACUGUAGGACAGUUGGCGUGUUAUGACCAGGCAAAACAGCUCGUGCUGAGUACAGGAGUCAUGAGAGACAACAUUUUCACUCACUUCAUCUCCAGCUUCAUUGCUGGAGGAUGUGCCACGUUUCUCUGUCAGCCACUGGACGUCCUGAAGACGAGACUGAUGAACUCUAAAGGUGAAUACAGGGGAGUACUGCACUGUCUGACUGAAACAGCGAAACUAGGACCACUGGCCUUCUACAAAGGUUUAGUUCCAGCAGGAAUCCGAUUGGUUCCUCACACAAUUCUGACCUUCCUGUUUCUGGAACAACUGAGGAAGUACUUUGGCAUCAAAGUGGUCAGUUGAGAAUAAACUGUGAACUUUGA